UUUUUUUCUUUUCUUUUUCUUUUCAUUGAAUAAAAACAGUCUCAAACUAUACUUCUUUUGUUUUAUUUUUCUUCAUUUUAUUACAUACCAUCACACUUAUUUGGAAAGCUGACUUUUUUUUACAGUGCAUUUUCCAAUGCAUUUUCCAGUCAGUACUUUUUUCCAGUGUUUUUUUUUCUAGUCACUUUUUUAAACUAAAUUGAGCAUCGAUUCCAUCAUGACUUCAAUUGCAGCUUCUGAUGAUAAAAUGCAUUGUAGUUUUGAAAAUUGCACAAGCUUUGGAGUGAUUAUCAAAGAUGUCCCAAGGGUAACCAUAGAAGGAAAUAAAUCAGAUGAUGACAGUAUAUUUGAGGAUGACGAUACUCUUCAAGUUGCUCUUGAUAUCAUGACAACCAUCUCAUUCAUUCAAGAAAAAGAAGAAGAGAACAAAACAAGGCAUGAUUACAAAACUGCCGUACUAUCAGCAUUCAACGCAUUAAAUCGAACUGACAAGGAUAGAGAAAAAACAAAAAAAAAAACUCUGAUAGCACAGUUAGGGGAAUUAGAGCCACUGGCAUAUAUUGAUCAUAAAGGGGAGGAACACAAUUUACUAACUGCAUCAGAAGUCAUUCGGAAUGUGGUAGUGUCACAAAAGAAGGAUCUAUCGCCAUCAUUUCUUAUUGUGUCCAAAAAAAGAAAGGUAUUCAUGGGAGAUGGUCCACCCGAAGUUUUCUUACUUUUCAUCCAUAACAUCAUUCUGGAUAGUCACUAUAGAAAUCAACUUUCCAAGUCAAAUUAUGUGGAACUUGAUCGCGAGAUUGCACUGUAGUUGAACUACAGCUGGACACUGAACCCUGGAAUGGUCGAAGUAUGUGCUAGAUUGCUGUAAGAGAUGAUAUUCACAGAGAAAAACAAAGCAUUACUUAUCCUUGGUGGCAAAAUUUAUUCAAGACUACCGUCCCUCGAUGCUCAGUACGAGAAAACAUCAUCAAUAAAGAAUGGAAACAUUCCACAAUCCUCUCUACCUCACGUUCACUCAAGAUACGAAAACAUUAAGGUAGUUUUAAUGGACUAUGACAAUACAAAAAAAAAAAAAAAAAAAAAAAAAAAAAAAAAA